UGUCGUUCUUUAGUCGUUGCGACUCGUGUGUGUGUGUGUGUGUGUGUGUGUGUGUGUGUCUCUCUCUCUCUGUGGUGAGUUAGCUGUCUGUCUGCCUGCCGCUCCUCUCCACUGCAUCCUGACUGACUGAAGAGCUCUGUCAUUGACUCAUCCCGUUCUUUAUAAGGAGGUGUUAAUGAUGAGCAAACGCUUCACAUAAUACUGGAACCAGCCAGCCUGAACAGACUAGACCUUAACAGACAGACACAGUCAACCACCGGACUGAAGCCAGCCUCGACAACCACAGAGAGCAGAGCAGAGGGGACUGUAAGAAUGUCAGUCUGACGGAGACAUAGACUGUUGUCCUGUUUUUAUUCUCAAUCUUCAAGACUUCCACCCCCUGGAUGGUGUGCAGGACACAGCUGCUUGUGGAGUAUGGGUACAACUGCCAGCGCAGCGCCACAACCCGUCUCUGUCUCAGGCUCCAUAUCCUCUGUAGCAGCGCCCCAGCAUCCUCCUCCGCUUGAGAGUCUCCAUGGCAACGGGGCGGUGAACAGCAGGCAGUCUCUCAGCAUGAGCUCUUCCCAGACGGUGAAGAUCCACAGCGGCAAGGCCAAGUCUAUCAUCACUAACAAGGUGGCGCCUGUCGUCAUCACAUAUAAUUGCAGACAGGAAUUUCAGAUCCACGAUGACCUCUUCAGAACAAACUACAAAGUGGGCCGGAUAUCAGACUCAAUGCCUGAACACUACUUGGUACAGGGUGAGUUCUUCAUGGUCCAGGACGUGUACAGCAAGGCUGACGUCCUCAACACUACAGGCAGCUACGGAGCGCCAAACUACCGCCAGGUGAAAGGAAGCUACCCGCUGUACGGCAUGGGCCAGCCCAGCCUGAAUGGCUUCAAACAGGUCCUCCAAAGACUACAGAGUCAAGGGCAUGAGGAGGUGAUGUUCUUCUGUGUGCGUGAGGAACCGGUGGUGUUCCUGCACCUGGAGGAGAACUUUGUUCCAUACACCCCGCGGAGGAAGGAGAACCUCCAUGAGAAUCUCCAUGGCCUGGACAAGGAGGAGACGGUGGAGACCCUGGAGCUCACCAUCAGGAAGGAGCUCCACGACUUUGCCAAGUUGAACGAUAACGUGUUCUACGUGUAUAACGAUAUCGAGCACUUCAAGGGCGAGCCUCAGAGGAUGACCAUCACCUGUGAGGAGGACAUCCAGGUCACAGAGGAGGUCUACAGGAGACCUCUGUUCACCAUGCCUCUCUACAGGUACUACCGGCUGCCACUACCGAUGGAGGGAGCACCUCUAGAGGAGGAUUUUGAUGCCUUUGUUACUGUUCUCAGGGAGAGCCCCAACCUGUCUUUGAGAAGGGAUGUUUCCAGGCCUCUGCCUGCCCUGUUGUUCAGCUGUCAGGUGGGGGUAGGGCGGACCAAUCUAGCCAUGAUCCUGGGGACCCUGGUCCUCAACCACCUGAAGACAACCCAGGAACCACCACAAGUGGAAGAGGCAGAAGCCAAGCCCCUGUUCCAAGUCAUUCAGACCCUCAUCAACAGACUACCUGAAGGCCAACAGGUCAUGGAAGAGGUUGACCAAGCGAUCGCUCUGUGUUCAGAAAUGCACAACAUAAAAGAAGCGAUGUAUGAAAAUAAGAAGAAGCUUGAAGCGAUCGGAGAUGAUUAUCAAAUUCAGGGAACCAAACACUACUUUCUCCACAGAGCCAUCCAGAGCCUGGAACGUUAUUUCUACCUGAUUGUGUUCAACGCGUAUCUUCAUGAACAGUAUUCCCUUGGCUUUGCGUCCAACUUCAGCCAGUGGCUGUGUGCUCACCCCUGGGUAUACCGCCUGCUGGCCUGUAUGGACCUAUCAGAACUCGCUUCGCCUGAUCUCGUCACCAAGGGAGCCCGCGUUCUGGUUGCUCAUGAGUACCUGUCUCCAGACAUACUCAGCACAGUGAAGGAGAUGAAGGUGGCUAACUUCAGAAGAGUCCCCAAGAUGCCUGUCUACGGCAUGUCACAGCCUACAUCAGAGGCGACGGGUGCGGUGUUGACCCACCUGACGGAUGAGAAGAGGAAGUACAGCCACGUCCUGUGGGUCAACCUGCAGGAGGAGCUGGUUCUGGAGGGGAACGGACAGAUCUUCACCCCCAGAGAGCCUUCCUGUAUGGGGCAACACAUCCCUGUCCCCGCUACAGACCCCACGCAGAUAGAGAAACUAGAGACAGCCCUGGGAGAGGAGGUUCAGAGAGCCCAGAAGUGGCUGGAGGUGACUCUGGAGCAGGAGAAACAGAUGAAGAUGUUUAAAAGCUGUCUGACGGUCCAGGAGGUGUUCAAGCAGUACCAGAGAACACACCAGGGACUGUUCUAUAAACGUAUCCCUCUGGCAGACUGCUGCGCCCCCAAGGAGGAGGACUUUGACCAGCUCCUGGAGGCCAUGAAGAGUACCUUGGCAGAGGACUCUCACUCAGCCUUCGUGUUCAACUGCUCCAACGGCAAGGGAAGGACCACCACGGCCAUGGUCAUAGCUGCUCUCACUGUCUGGCACUUCAAUGGCUUUCCUGAGUUUGGUGAUGAUGAGAUUGUCAGUGUUCCUGAUGCCAAGUACACAAAGGGAGAAUUCAAG